GGAUUCCUGAAAUGUCAGGGAGGUUUAAAACCGUGAAGAUGUCAGCGCUGCGGAACUCGGAGUGGGCACUAAAACAGAACUAACUCCUAAGGUCACUGAAGAAUGAGUGAAUUUCAGCCUUCCUGUCAGAACGGUACACCAGGUUUGUUUAACAAAUCUUGGAGUGGAUGGCACCAUUACCAGGUGAUAACUGCUGCAGAGACAAUCAUCCUUCCCUCUCUGAUUGGAAUAAUCUGUUCAACAGGCUUAGUUGGAAAUAUCCUCAUUGUGUUCACAAUAAUAAGAACUCAGAAGAAAACUAUCCCAGAUAUCUACAUCUGCAAUCUGGCUAUAGCAGAUUUGGUCCAUAUCAUUGGCAUGCCCUUUCUUAUUCACCAGUGGGCACGUGGAGGUGAGUGGGUUUUUGGCAGCCCUCUUUGCACCAUCAUUACCUCCCUGGACACAUGCAACCAGUUUACAUGCAGCGCCAUUAUGACUGCAAUGAGUUUGGACAGGUACCUCGCUCUUGUCCGGCCAUUUCGCCUAACCCACCUCAGAACAAGAUCCAAGACAAUUCGAGUCAACUUAUGUUUAUGGGUGACAUCGUUUAUUCUGAUGUUCCCUGUGUGGGUCUACUCAAAAGUAAUAAAGUUCAAAGACGGUUUGGAAAGUUGUGCUUUUGAUCUAACCUCACGUGAUGAUGUUCUCUGGUAUACGCUUUAUCUUACUAUGACGACUUUCUUUUUUCCUUUACCAUUGAUAUUUAUUUGCUAUAUUUUAAUUUUAUGUUACACAUGGGAUAUGUAUCAGCAAAACAAGAAAGCGGGAAGUUACACCACCAGUAUCCCCAGGCAGAGAGCCAUGAGGCUCACUAAGAUGGUGCUUGCUCUGGUCAGCGUGUUUGUGGUAAGCGCUGCACCCUUCCAUGUGAUUCAGCUGAUGAAUAUUCAGGUUUCUCAGCCAACCCUGACCUUCUACGUGAGCUACUACGUCUCCAUCUGCUUCAGCUAUGCCAGCAGCAGCAUUAACCCCUUUCUCUACAUCCUGCUUAGUGGGAACUUCCAGAAACGUCUCCAGCAAUCCACAAACAUGGAAGUCAGGAUGGCAGAACGGGAUGUCAACGUCAUUGAAAACACCCUCAAGUCAAGUUUUUGAAAGGAGGGUCUUGUCCCAAGAAAAAUGCGUUAUCCAUGUGUACAUUUUAUCGGUUGCAAUAGAUGGGCCUGAUUUCACUUCCUUUACAAAAGUGUAACUCAGAAGUGGUUUUGUUGCUGGAAUUGCACCAGUGUCAAGCUGAUGUGAGAAGAGGAUCUGCACCACUGUUUGAAAGAUUAGAGCUCCUAGAGGAGGAAUUCUCUGCAAAAAUAUUCUGCAUUACUUUGUCAUGUUUGCAUUUUUUUUAUGGUGAUUUGUACAUAGACGAACCAAAUGUCCAGAGAUAAAAGUGGAUUUUAAAAAAACUGUGGUCCUCUGGUAGUAAGACAGAGUGACUGUGGCAGGCAUUUGGGGUCUGACACUCUGUGGAGUCAUGGAAACUGCAAGUUAAUGACCAAAAGAUACUUAGUUACUGAUGACUCAGAAGGGAGUAACUAUUGAUUUUUGUCUUAUCUACAGCUGUCUCAUCUGACACUUGCUUCUGCAGCUAUUAAAGGCAGGGGAGACACAUAAAAGACACUUUUGGAGGAAAACUACUUUUGAGUUAACCUUUCCCCAUGUCUUUGCAAAGAAAGAAGUGAAUUCAUAGUGUGUGUCAUUGGAAAUUAUUAAACCUAAAUUUUGAAAAGAACUCUGUUUCAGAGAUACCUUUGUUUUUCUUUUCUCAAAAUCCCUGCUUCCAGGACAGCCCUGAGAAGGUGGCUGAAAUAGCUCGAUGUUAAUCUCACUACAAGUGCAGAGAGGAACUUGGUGCUUGCCCAGGAUGCACUCUUACUCAUUUCAAGAUGGGUAGAAGAGCGCCUACUUGCUGUCAACAGUUAAUCCCCAAGGUUUCUAGUAGUAGGAUGUAAUCAAACAAUAUUUUUAGCACCUUCAAAGCUAAUACAGAAAAUUGGUGAAAAAAGAGUUCUAUUGAAAAAUCUAAUGUUCUUGACAGAUGUUCAUAACUUUGGUGUUCACCACACUGUGGGUUUAUCGGAACCAUGUUCUUUUCUCAGACCACUUUCUCUUAUCUCAGGACUUCACUUACCACUUUAAUUGGUGAAGAUAACAUUUCACUAGGACCUGAGGUUUAUGGAUACAGUUUUCUUGUUAUUCAGAGACCUGAUGAAUCUGAAACGCUUAGGAUCCACCUCUUCAGGUUUGCAGUUUGCUCCCGUCUUGUCUCAUCCCAAAUGGACCUUUUAUUCAUUUCUUUGCAGCGCUGUGGGGGUCACAUUUUGUGAUCCCACUCCAUGAUCUACCAACCCACUGCAGGACUCAUAAAACAGGAGAGAAAAAAGCAUCUUAUGCCAGGGAAAGACUGGUCUGCACAUUCCCAAACUGUGGAUUGAGGUACUGCCCUGACUUUUGCCAUCACACAGCAUCUGCCAAUCCCAUAGGGUCUCAAACCUACAGAAAAAGGAGUUUAAGGGAUUCAAAAUCACUAUUCGUAGUGUAAAGCCAAAGCUUUACAUAGAAAAUGCAGCAUAAAACUUUUGUGAUGGUAUUAUUAUAACCAAAGUAGACUAAGGGAAUACUCAACAUAAACAAGUGGAGGAAACGCCAUCAUUAAACCCUUCAGGACAGCUGCAAAAUGAUAAGAUUUCAACAGAUUCAUUUUUUCAGAUCUGGAAAGGUUGUCUACUUUUUUGAGCUGUAUGAAUUAGUCUAUUAAAAGUUUUGUCUCUAACUAUAUGCCUUGUAAUUAAAAAUUAGGUAAUUAAUUAAUUAACAGCCUGCACACAAGGCAGCUUAUCAAGCAUUAGGAAAAGCCCUGCUAAGUGCAAGCUUGUUAACUCACUGUUCCAGUCUGUGCCUGCAUGUGUCACCUUGUUUACCUGUUCAGUGAGUCACCCCAGCUACUUGGUAAUUCAGGAUACGAUAUUGAACACUUACAACAAUGGUAAAAUAGUCUUUUUUAAUAGCCUUUGUGUUUUUCUCUUUCACCUGUCACACCUCCACUUUUAAACUUUCUGUGCUAUGAGGUCAUAGCAGUGAAACAGAACCACAGCAGCACAAUUUCAUGAAAUUUUUCUAACAACAGCAAGCUCAACAGGGCAUUGAAUAUCUUCUUGCAUGAGGCAUUACUAAAAUAGUUCAGAGUUCGGCCU